AUGGCUGAUAUGAGUCCUACUGAUAUCUUUAAUUUCAUUCUGAUCGGCGCUACUAUCGGCAUGAUGAUAGCAAUGCUUAUCAUCGUAUACAUGUGUAAAGCUAUUAGAAGUCGUUAUUAUGCUGAUAUCUCAUUAAAUUACGGUCCAAUGGUAGUACCAUCAAAAAAUACAACACCAUUUAGUAGAAUGAAUGCUUUUGGCAGUGAUAAUGGCAAAGCGAAACAAAAAGUAACAUUUCAAAAUUUGAUUUAA